AUGACCUCCGUUCCCUCACAGCAGCUUCUUUGCCUUACGAUUUGCGGCUACAAAAAGCCCGGUCUCUCCGAUGAGGCAUACCGGGAUUACAUGAUCCAUACUCAUGCACCUCUUGUCCAGGAUCUUAUGGUCCAGUAUGGUAUCAAACGUUGGACGAUGACGCACAACUCUUCAUCAACACGGAGUAAGAUGGCGCUAGUUGCUGGACCACAGUUUGCCAACACUGCCGACUAUGAUGCCAUUAUCCAGAUUAUGUUCAAUGAUGUAGAUGACUUUGUGAGGAUGAAGGCCGAUCCAUAUUUCCAAGAGCGGGCGACGCCUGAUCACGAACAGUUUGCUGAUACCAAACGGAGCCGUAUGACUAUUGGCUUAGUUCAGGAUAUCAUAGCGAAUGGCGCUGUAAUAGGAAUUCAGUGA